AUCACACCAACAGGCUACACAGCCACAAAAUGCAUUUGAAUACAGCCGCACAAAGAACACAAGAGCACACACUCAAUGGCACAUGAUGUGACACACCCCUUCACCAACCCUCCCUCCUAGUCAUACGCACGGCCCGUCACACACUCCCUAAAGCUGCUGAUGGUUGUUAAAUCCCUGCAUGAUGUUGAUGCCAGGCAGUUGUGGGUAUGGUCUUCACUGACUCACUAACAGAGCUUAAAUGCUGAACUGCCACUGCCAUUCACCAACAACAGCAAGCCUGUUUCUCUGACUCACUUUAUUUUCCCCAGUCUGACUCGCUGUUGCUCCUGCAUUCAAAGACUCCGUCAACUUGCUCCCAAACUCUGAAGAACGGCUUUGACUUUUUGGCAGGAGGUGCUGCUCAAGUAAAAAGCUCUACACGUCUGAAGUCUUUUUUUCUGGAGAAUUAUCUUCCACCAGUCCCUUGUGGGGAAAUGUCUCUCCUAUUGUCAGUGCUGAUAUGUCUGACAGUGGUACAGAUGAGCAUGGGAGAUCUGCCAGUGGACGAAGUCAUCACAACAAAAAAAGUUCCUCUUCUGGGUGGCUGGUCUGAAAGGAGUCCGGAGGCAGACGAGAUUUUGGAGGUGGCUCGUCAUGCCGUGGAGGAGUUCAACACGAACUCAAAGAGCAAGAAGAUGUUCAAACUGGUCUCCAUCACCUCUGCUCAGAGCCAGGUGACCAAUGUGAUCAACUUCAAGAUUGAUGCAGUCCUGGGAAAAACCAAAUGUCUCAAAUCUGAAAACCCCGACAUGAACAGCUGCAGUCUUGUGAAAAAGCAUAUGAAAUGCUACUUCGAGGUGACCUUUGACCCCCGCAACAACAAACAUGAGAUUCAGAUGAAGAAGUGCAGGAGACAGACGGAGAGUGCUUAGCUUUACUUAUUGUAAGCUUUAACCACCUUGAUACAAUGUUUAUUUUCCCCCCUGAAUAAAUGUUUUUCAGCUUACUUAAAAUACUGGAUGUUUAGUAUGAUAGGUUUAAUAGUGAACAACAUCUUAUUACAAAAGUAGCUUGGAAUCAGUUAUCAAGGGUGAAUUGACUUGUAUUACCAGUGCUAACUAUCAGAAUAAAAGUUAUUAUCAUUUAUAUUUGUGCUUUGUAUUUAUAUUGUUCUAUAGCAUUAUAUCUAUUAUCUACGAGUUUUAGGCAAUACGUAGGUCAUGACCGAAUGGACUUAUAACAUUUUUUUUUUAUUGAAGUGGCAGGAUCUGUACAUGAAGGAAACAGUAAUAUGAUGAUUCACAUUGUCACUCAGUGGGUUCUGGAGAUAUGCUAUAUUCUAAAGGCAGUUGUCUUCAUUUCCUCUCAAAUGUCUGAAAAAGAGAUAAGCGAU